UCAUCACGAAGAGCGCGGCUAGACUCACUGUAAGCUUGGGAGUCUUUUGCACAUCGUUUUGGUGCUUCGCAUCACUUCUCAGUAUCUACCGCGUAGGGGGACUUUCCAGGUUCCAUCGAUUCCAUGCACGGACCGCGGAGCGACACGCACGGAUCACAGCUUUAGCGCCCAGGAGGCUGGUGCCUAAACUUGGGUCACCUGACUCUGCGCUUGUGCCGCUAAGGUCUUACCGCUUGCACCGAAGUUCGCCUCUUCUCCUCACAUCCCCUUCCACCCAACCCACAUAUUCAUCGCACGUCAAUCUCAACACGCUCUAAAAUCCCAUUGUUGCUAGGCCUUCUCGUCUAGAAACCCACUAUGACAAAAGGCGCGGGCCAUAAUGGUUCCAGGGGGGAAGACAAGACAGCGGCCGCGGGAGAGACGAAACCACAUGGCGAUCUGGUCCGAGAAGAUCCCGAGACCGCGGGAGAGACGAAACCACAUGGCAAUCCGGUGCGAGAAGAUUCCGAUACCGCAGGAGAGACGAACCCACAUAGCGAUCUGAUGCAAGAAGAUUUCGAGAACGCCGAGAGCAUGACAGACGCCCUGAAGAGGCUAUUUCCGCAAGUUGAUAAUCCACAGCCAAACGGCACGCAACCGCGCCGCCGGCGAUUAGUCGAGGAGAACCUACAAACCCCAGGGCAGCCAGCUCUUCCAUAUGUACCAUUAGAUGAGAGUUUCAGGGCUGCGGGUGAGAAGAGUUUUCUUUUUGGGGCCUUUAUCCAAGCUUGGGAUAAGAUGAUGGCAGGCGAAGUCUAGCGGAGGAGGUGUCCGUCUCAGCUGCAAAUUUCAAGACCAGAACUCGUCCCGAUAGAAACCCGCACAAUAGGCAAACUCUGUCGCAAUCUAUCUACGGGCCAACUUAGGUUGAUGGAGUAUUUCGUGCAAGACCUUAACCAUGACAUGCCUAAUUUUGUUCUGGCAUCUCAUGUAGUAGACAGGUGGAUUACUAGAGGGAGGAGGAGGAGGUAUAUGAGAGAUAUGGAUAUCGGGUAGCUCCUCACUGACAAUUGGUAGCGUCCCAGAACCCGGUGACCCAGCCGACCUAACUGUCCCCCCAUGCUUCUUGAAUAUGCUGGAUAUCCCUGCUGCAAAUAAGGACGAGAAAGAGAAGAUAAGCCACUGGAGGACAUUCAAGGUCUUACC